CUUCUUUUAAGACAAAUGGUCGCUUUACUGAGCUCAAUCGCCAUUUGCCACAUAGAUAGUCACCAGUUUCUUUCCUAUGGGUGCAUUGUUUUGAGGUUUAGUUGGCAAACUGACCCGGGUGGCGAGUUCCUCGGCAAAAAAAUGCCCGCUGAUUUUUAUAUCCGGUACUACGUGGGGCACAAGGGCAAAUUCGGUCACGAAUUUCUCGAGUUCGAGUUUCGUCCGGACGGCAAGCUACGUUAUGCAAACAACUCUAACUACAAAAACGACACCAUGAUCAGAAAGGAAGUGUAUGUGCACCAGUGCGUGAUGGAAGAGCUCAAACGAAUCAUCGUCGAUUCGGAGAUCAUGGCAGAAGACGACGCGCUGUGGCCGCCGUCCGACCGCGUCGGGAGGCAAGAACUGGAGAUCGUGAUCAACGACGAGCACAUCUCGUUCGCCACUUCGAAAACGGGCUCGUUGGUGGAUGUGAGCCAGUCGAAAGACCCCGAAGGGCUCCGUUGCUUUUACUACUUGGUGCAGGACUUGAAGUGUCUGGUGUUCUCGCUGAUCGGUAUGCAUUUUAAGAUUAAACCUAUAUAAAUGUGUAGGAUAUUUUGUAAUAAAACUGU